AUGUCUCUACCAACCGCCACAUUUAAUGAGCAGGAGAGGAUCUGGAGUGGUACGGCGAGAACCAAUAUCUACAACCAUGACACUUCUGUGGGAAAAUUAAUAUUCAACACAAUGAGAACUUGGCCCAAGAAUGUAUGCCAGAUAAACGAAGCUGAUGGAGUGGAGACCACCUUUGAGCAGGCACUUACUUGGGCUGUUAGGAUUUCCCAGUUCUUUAAGAAGCGUGGACUUGGUCACAAGGAUGUCAUUGGCAUCUCUAUACAAAACUCCACCUACGCAAUGCCUUUGGGAGUGGCCUGUUUUCUGAAUGCAACACCCUUUCACUCGAUUAGCACUCUGUUAGACCAAGAUACCACCACCCAUGUGUUUUCCAUAACCAAGCCUUCUAUAAUAUUCUGCGAUGGAGUUGAUCUACAGAAAAUAAAAGCAGCAACCAUUAAAUGGAAUCCAGAGAUCUUUACCCUAACUGAUCAUGUGCCAGGAGUUCCUAGCAUUGAAACCCUUCUAGAUCCCACUGCCACUGAGAGAAUUUACCAGCCCGAACCUCUGAAGGAAGGUGGUGACCAAACUGUAGUGAUUCUCUGCUCCUCGGGAACAACUGGCUUGCCAAAGGCUGUCUGCAUUUCCAACAAUUACCUUAUAAGUGACGCCACGAUGGCCACCAACGAAAUGUCCAUCUUUACGCCCAGUUGCCUGGACUGGCUAACUGGCUUGGUGACAUUCAUGUACAAUACGCUUUCGGGCUGCACCCGCAUCAUAAGCAACAAACCCUUCACGCCGGAGCAUUUCUUGAAAAUGGUGGAAAAGUACAAAGUCAAUAUUGCCGUAAUGCCACCCAGAUAUCUCUCGGCUCUUGUGAGUUGUCCGACUGCCACGCCAGAGGCACUGGCUUCCAUUAUAAAUGUCCAUUAUACCGGCGGCUGGGCAUCCAGUGCCACAUUGCAGAAGGUCCAAAAUCUGUGCAAAGGUGCGCUCUUAACCUGUGGCUAUGGAAUGACCGAGAUGGGAAUUGUUACGGCCAAUGCCGGACUUCCACACAUGUCAUCUGUGGGCAGACCAGUUCCGGGAGCCAGGAUGCGCAUCGUGGAUGAGGAGGGCAAAAACCUGACAUACAACCAGGUGGGAGAGCUGUAUGUUCACACAAAUCGAGUCUGGAAUGGUUACUACGGAAAUCCCGAGGAGACUCGUAGCCUGCAGGACUCUGAGGGGUGGUACCAUACCGGUGACUUGGGCUACUUCGACGAGCAGAACUUCCUCUAUAUUGUGGAUCGCAAAAAGGAGAUGCUGCGAUACGAAAGUCUGAGCUACUUUCCCACCGAAAUCGAGAGCAUCAUCUCGCGGAUGCCCGAGGUGCAGGAUGUAUGCGUCGUUGGCAUCUACGACGAAAGGGUUGGCGAUGAAGCUGGCGCUUUGGUGGUCAGGAUCCCGGGUUCCCAGUUGGGAGCUAAGGAUAUUAUGGAUUAUGUGGCCAAGCACCUGCCCGCCAAGGAGAAGCAGCUCCAUGCCGGAGUCCAGUUCAUCGAAAAACUGCCGUGUAAUUCAAAUGGAAAGACCUUGCGCAAGGCCGCACGUGAUGAGUUUGUUGCCAAAAAAGGGGCAAAAAGCACAGAAACCCAUUAA